GAAAAUACCAGAAAAUAACAUGCAUCAUCACGUGUGACGAGAAAAUGAACUCUAGUAAAUUACUGGUGGGAACAGAAAAUGCCACAGCCUCUGUGGGAAACAGUUUAGCAGUUCCUCAAAACCUUAAACACGGAAUUGUCACAUGACUCAGCAAUUCCACUUCAAGGUAGAUACCCAAAAGAAUGGAAACCAGAUGUUCAAGCAAAAAUUUGCACAUGAAUAUUGGUGGUGGCAUGAUUUCAUGGUAGUCAAAAGAAGGAAACAGAUGAAAUGUCUGACCCUCAAAGAAAGAUGGAGUAGCCGUGUGUGUGAGUGGCUUUGUCACUUAAUGCUCCAUGAUUGGAUGUCAGGCAUUUGGUCGGGGCAAAGGUGCUUCCUGCUAAAGCAGAUGGGCGAUUCCACAGCCCCCACACACAGCCAAACUUACCUCAGUCUGGACUCGUGGAAGAACCACCUGGCUCCAGCCCCACUCUGCCCUGGCCGCCAUGCAGGAUUCCCCUGCAGAGUCACCGGCCACGGUGCUGAAAGGCCGCUGCUGUCAAACAGCAGGAGGCGGCCUGAGGACUCACAGUCCUCACUCACACAACCCUCCCCUAUCUCUUUGUAAAGCAAUGAGCUACAGCCGCUGCCCGCCAAAUCCUUCCCAGCAUUUUAGAAUUUCGCUUUGUGUUGAUUGUAAUCUCCUUGUGGAGGUUGCACAGAGACUCGGAGGGCAUGGACAGGACCUCGGGUGCCACCAGUGGGGCAAAACCCUUCUUCCUAGUGCUGUUUCCCCCAGAGGAGCACACGGGGGCCAAGCUCAAAAGGCGUGAGAGCAGGCCUGGUUAGAGCAUUUGUCAGGUUGCUGGGUUCCUUUCUCUCCUCUCAGAAUUCACUACAGUUUCAUCCUGCAGAGGCAGUGAGGCUGCGUGAAUGCUGUCGCCGCUCAUUCUACUCUUCCUCUAGGUCACUGUCACAGUCUGGGUGCUGCUUAUUAACCUAUUAAAAUGGGUGAGGGUGGGAGGGGCACCAACAGUCCCAACCCUAGCUCCACAAGGCUCCCUUGCACCUCGGCUGACAUGCAAGCCCGCAUUGCCAUGGUGCCCAAGAGGAAGGUCGGCUCUGCCAAAGGGGCAGCGAAGGAGGAGCCCAAGCAGAGACUGGCAAGGCUACAGCAGGAACCAAGCAUGAUGACCUGCACUACAAAGGGAGACCUGCCUCAAAAAAACAAAACAAAACAAAACAAAAAAAGACAGCCGGAAAGGAUAAAUCUUGGGACAAAAAAGAGAAAGCAGGAGGCAGUGGCUAAUCAAGAAACUAAGGAAGAUUCACCUUCGGAAAAUGGAGAAACUAAAAACGAGGAAAACAAUGAAGCAGAAGAGAAGGAAGCCAAGCCUGAUUAA